AUGUCGUCUUCACACUCCGACACCACUGCUACCGCUACCGCUACAGUCCACGCACCGCCCGUCUACUCUACUCUCUCGCCUCCAUCAUACACCGCGUCUGCAUCCUCGGAUACAAACUCUGUACGCUCCCGUACAUCGGUGUCGAAGAAAGUUCUUGGCAAAAUGUGGAAUACGCGACAUGAAGAGAAAGUGGGAAAAGGCAAGGAAGAGAAGCAGAGGAAUGUAGAGGAGAAGGAGGUCAGGGCUGAGGCUAGGGCUGUGUAUUUUGCUUUGCAGUAA